AUGGCCGCUGCCGGAAAGGCUUGCUCGCUGUGCGAAUCAGAUUUAGGUAAAAAAUCAUACAGACUAAUCGACAGGUCAGAAACCUUAAAAAAAUACAUGCAAGAACUCCUGCUACCUCUUUCAGGGUACCUCUGCAACAACUGUGUUGCCAAGUUUUAUCGUUUAGAGAAAAUAGACUUCGACAUUGAAGCAAAAGUCAACAGACUGAGAAUGGCAAGGCACACGCCAACGAAAGGUAACAAACGGAUGCCCCGUCUGGAAACACCGACACCAAAAAUAAUCAAGAAGUUUAUUUCGUAUGAAAAGCCAUCGCCCGAACGACGAAGCCGAAAAAAACUCUCAUACGACAUCGCCAAGGAGACUGUGGACAUUGGCACCCAAACACGCCUACAAAUGACACCGCCGGAAUCUUUCAAGAUCAAGUGUCUGACCCUGAUGAACCAUAUGGGAAUCGCUACAUCCCAGACAAGUGUUUUGAGGAAAAAGAAGGUGAUUGCUGAGGAACACAAAGUGCGCAUAGACAAGAUGUUCAACUGCAACAAGUCCUCUCAUGUAGCAGACACUAACAACAAGGGUCAAACAAGCAGAUCAACCCAUGUGCCAUCAUUUGAAGUACUAGGGGAUAAUAUUGACAUUCUUGUAAGCCCUGGAACCAUGGCUCAAGAGCUCCAGAGAAAGAGCUGGCACUGGUUUCUCCUUGUUGUUUCGGACAAGCGACUCACCAACACAGAACUUCCUUCCGAUUUACCCAGUGCGGAUAUUGUUACCCAUCCAGCCAUUGCAUGGAUUCCAAGUAAGGACGACGUGUCAUUGCUUCAUGAACACCAGCAAUUUCAGGUAGCAAAGAUCCUGGAACAAUACAUACAGGCUCUCAGCACCAUCAAGCUACCUCAGUUUAUCAAGCACAAGCACUUGGAGGAAACAAGUAAGAAGUCAGUGUACCACAUAGCAGAUCUCAUUGAUGAGAGUGAAAACUCUUCUGAGGGCAUGGUGAAAAUCCUACAGAAAGUUCACCAAGUGACAGUAGCAAAAGAAGGUAUAAUCUAUAGAAACUUUAAUAUUUGUGAAUGA